GUUUGUGUGUUCGUUGUUGCUGCUGCUGACACAAAAGUAGGCUGCCUCGCGUGCCUUUCUGUCCCCUCCCCUCUCUGGUGGGUUUUCCUCGCUCAACAUACUUUUUCUGUUCCCCUCUUUUCGGGGCUUCCUGCGCUUAUGGAGACUGCAUCGAUGCCCAGCACCGGUCUGCAGCAGCUGCGUCGUGUCCGCCGUGCCCGCACGCAGUAUGAGCGUCUGCAGCGCCCGGACGAUAUCCAGCCUGGCUACCCGAUUCCGAGCAUCGAGGGCUGGGUCCUGCUCUUCUCGAACCUGCCGGAGACGACGACCCAGGAGGACAUCGUGAACUUCCUAGUCGCCUUCAAGGAGGCCGACCCCGACUACUUCAGCACCGUGACGGAUGUGAAGAUCCCGCUGAGUGCGGACUGCUACUGCGCCGGGUACGCGUUGGUCGAGUUGAAGGAUCGCACCGGCUUCGAGCGCGCGCUGGCCGAGCUGGACGGUGCCGCCUUCCCCGGCAGCGAUACCCCACUCGUGGUAGCGGCAACUUUCCUGGGCGAGGAGGAGGAGCCGGAGCCGCAGGAGGAGGCCGCUGCACCGGGCGACAAGCGCGCUCGUGAUUAA